AUGAAGAGAGGAAACAAAGAGAAGAAUCUUCAGAACCACAAGUCCUCACAACAAGAUCACGGCGGAGAUAAGUCAUCAGAUGCAAUCUAUAUCCCUUGGGAUAUUGUAACGGUCGAUAUACUCUCGAGACUCCCGUUGAAGUCAGUUGCGAGGUUCCGAUGUGUAUCGAAGCUAUGGUCAUCUCUUAUUAACGAAUGGAUCACGACUCGGUCUUUGACUCAGCCGCGCCUACUCGUCGUCAUACUCGAGCAUUCAUCUAUCUUCUCGUAUACUUAUCCUCUAAACUCUAACAGGACAUUCAUACCCGCAGACAAAGGGAGUCAUGCAUCAACUAGUGGGUUAAGUUCCUAUAUCUCGUAUCGAUAUGUCCACGGAUUAAUCUGUUGUUGGUCAAAGUCGGAAGAUCCGUUUAUGAUAUACAACCCUACCACGAGACAAUCCGUUUUAUUACCAAAGAUCAAAUAUUAUGAUAUAUUCAGCACUGGAUUAUUUGGGUAUGAUCCAGUAGAGAAUCAAUACAAAGUGUUGUGCUGCGAUAUGCAAGGACCAACUUUGGAGUGGUCUUGUCAAGUUUUCACAUUGGGAGGUCCAAAGAAACUAGAGCAAUGGAGAAAGAUUACCAUCACAGACAAUAAUUUCGCUCCACCUGAAUACGACUGUGUGGCUCCACCAAUGAGAUGUAGUACUAGUGUAUGCAUCAAUGGGACCAUCUAUUACACAGGAAGGACUGACAGCAGUAGAUUAGGGAGGUUCGACGUUAGAUUCGAGAGAUUUGAUCGUCUUCUCCACAUGCCAGAAACGAAUCAGAUUUGGGAUUCGAAAUUGGUAAACUAUCAAGGGAAAUUAGGUUGCGUGCGUUACAAGACUAACGGUAGUGCUGAGAUGUGGAUUAUGGAAGAAGAUGAUCAUAUGAAGAAACAAGAAUGGUCGAAGAUUGCAUUGUUCAUGAUGCCUCCGGAUCUAGCAGAUACGUUUAGUUAUAGGGGUAGUAUCACAGGUGUCACUCGUGAUGGUGAGGUUGUGAUAAUGCCCGAGACGUUGCGUUCUGCUGAAUCGUUAUACGCAUACUUUUAUGACCCGAAGCAAAACAAGACUAGAAGAGUUGAAUUCGAAAGCAGCUUGAGGAGGGGGAGCCAAAGUACAAUCUUUAGUGUCCCGGAUCACAUGGAGAUUACUACUACUAUGUCAUUGUUCGGGAAUAAAUAUGUGAAAAAAUAA